AGUUUAGAAGAGGCCAUUGAAGUAACAAAUAAUUCAAUAAUAAUUGAAAUUGAUAAUGAUGAAAAUGCAAUUGAAGAAUACUUAAUGUCUUAUACAUUUUUAUUUAUUGUUAAUAAAGAAUACUUUAACUCAAAUAAUAGAAAUGAUAACAAUAAGGAUGAUGAUAACAAGGAAAAAAGCGACUAUAAAAUUGAUAAUAGCGAAAAAAAUAAUAACAAUAAAG